AUGUUUGCCCGGCGGACGCACCACAAUGACAGCUUCUCUAAGCAUCGUGCCAGCAAAUCUAUUUCCACGAGCAAACAGAAGCGGUCCUUCCGAGACCAUGCCGCAGCUGCGAAGAAGAUGGAGAGGUCCAGGAAGCCUGAGAACCCACCUCAGGGAAGCACCCUGACCUCACCAAUCGUCACCCUCUGCGUCGGCGUGGAGCAACGUCUCUUCGCCGCCCACCAAGACAUCCUCUCCACCUCCCCCUUCUUCGCCGCCAUCUGCCGCGGCCAGUUCCUCGAGUCCAGCACCAAACGAGUCAACCUCCCCGAAGAACUCCCCGAGGUCUUCUCCUCCGUCCUCGAAUACCUCUACAAGGGCGACUACUACCCUCGCCUGCUGCACAACAAGCGCCGAAAUGCGUGGGAGCUCGAAGAGACGGCGGCGAGCGGUUCGGAAGCGACCGUCUACCACAUGGGAUGCGGGCAGAUGCUGCUGAAGGACACCCUGGUGUACUGCACGGCCGAACGUUACGGCUUGGACGAGCUCAAGAGGUUGGCUCUGCGCAAGCAAGGCCUACAAUCCGGCAUCCAGUGCAGCACCAUCCUCUCGAGCGCGAGGUACGCGUACGCCAACACGCCGGAGAGUGACUCGAAGCUGCGGGCGCACUACCUGGCCCUGGUCAUCCGCAGCAGGGCUACGUUCAAGAGGAGCGGCACCAUGCAGAUGGAGAUGGAGGCUGGAGGCUUGCUGUUCUUCGACUUGUUCGUCGCCAUGGCUAAUCAUAUCGACGACAUCGCGAUCAUCACCAAGUCACCGCGUACACCGCACUCGGCUCGCUAG